UUAUAUUAUUUGCUACGUUCAAUACGCGUUCUUGGGCUAUUCAUAUUUUACUUUCACGACACCACACAAACAUAUAUUCAACAUUACAUUGUCUGACAGACUACGCCGGCAAUAAUGACUGGUUUCUUGCCCCAACAAAGUCUGGAUCCAGACACACGAGCAAACGUAGGUACUACCAAACCUGUUCUAUGCAGCGUGCAUUUUAGCCAACUUAAUCACGUAAAAAGUACUAGUGCACAGGCCACAUUUACAAUAUGUCUUUUCUAAUUGUCAGCCACGUGCGAUACUGAAAUUGUGUUACUUUUUAACCUUAUGCGCUUUAUUAAUUUGUAGAUGCUAAGCAACAUGUAUGGUAUCAAUGUUACCCCUGUCGGCAGCACAGACAUGGUCGUAAUAGUUGUUUGCAGCGGGCUAUUCGGCUUGACAACAAUAAUGGUGGUCUACGCGUGGUUUAACAAAAAGUAUCGGCCAAUUCGUGCAAAAAACUUGUCCUGGACCACAUGCAUACACGUAUCUGGGUUUCUUUGGUUUCUUGGAGACGUUGUUUCCAACGGACACGUCCGCAUAAAAGGCCCAUUUGCCCAUUGCAAAUUGUGGAUCAUUUGGUUUCGAGUCUUGUUCUGUUAUGUAUACGCAUCAAUGCACAUUGUCCGCUUUUUUGCUCUCGACCGAGUGUUCAAUCAGGGCAAACCCUUCCGCGGGCUUACAGUUUUUAUUUACCUCACUGUUGUGGUGUUGGUAAAUGUCAUAUACUGCCUAGUUAUUCAGCUCAUAAAAACCGAGCUCACAGUACAGCAAAUCGACAUGAUGGAGGCGUGCAACGUAACCCAGGGAUUCCGCAUUGUUGCCAUUUCAAUUCAAUGGGUUCUUUGGUCAUGUGUCGCGGCGCUGAUUUUCCGUCUACGCAAUAUACAGUCGAGUUUUAAUGAGUUCCGUGAGUCGCUGGCUAUUUUCGCCGUUGCCAUGAUUGCGCUUGUUGAGUCAACCGUUACAAAUAUGGUGUUCCCCAAAUAUCCACUCAUCCUUUCACGCCGUGUUGAAAAGACAUUUAUUGAUGUGCUUGCAGCAAAUAUUAUGAUUUGGCUCAUCAUCGGACAUCCAAUUUUUAUGUGCUUGUUCUAUCGGUGCGAGUACGAAACUGCCUGGCUGAAAAAGCUGACCAAGGAUGGCCACAAGAAGGAAUACAAUGUCAGCUCGGGGCUAUUUGGCAUGACCACCCCUUAUACAAAGGUAAACAAUACAACCUACCAGGGGACCCAGCUCAAUUUUGACACUGUCGAUAGCACCAACCUGGACUAUUAUCGAGACGACCACUGCGACGAAAGCACAUUUGAGGAAGACGACACGCUACGCAACCCACUAAGAGUCUAUAGCAACCAGGAAGGCAUACCCAUUGCCUUGCGCGGCAAUUUGCAUAUCCAGCGACCAAGACUCAACACGCCGACAAUGCUCACUGGCACCUUUGCAAAACCUUCUAUUGAUGGAAGGCAGGUAAUAUAAUGACCAAUUUGAUUCUACAGUGUCAACAUUUUCUAUUAUAUUAUUAUUAUAUUAACACCACGCGUAAUUUUCAUUUUUUCUUCGUAUAUAAUCAAAAAAUUCUCUACAUUUCCUCAUAUUGCCAG